UAUCAGAAUUGGGCUGCCUGUGUAAAUGAGUCCAUGAUCUCAGUUGCCUCCUCACGUUCUGGCUCAAAAAGACGCCCGCGCGCCUGCAUCUCCCCACUGCCCUGUCUUGUUCUAAGCUGCUAGAGAUGCGCAGGUCUUUGGAUACCCACCUUCACAAGCCAACCGACAAUGAACUACUCAUCUAGGAUAACUCUGCGUUGGAAACCACACGAAGGAUGAUUGGAUAUAUGACUGUUCUUAACCGUGGACAGCUGCUGGUUUUAAUUCUGUAGCCCAUUGGAUUGCUGCCACCCGUGCGUUUAUGUGGUCCGUUUGGAGACGUUCCUUUGGGUUGCCUGUAUUCGGAUGUAAAUCGGAGGUUUUGUUCCCUGCGCACCUCUCAAAUGACUAAGCGUGGCGCGAAGAGGAGACUGCGUUCUCCAUCUCGCUUCUAUGUUAGAACCUUGGGCUAAAGUUUUCAUGGACGGUGCCCUGGAUUUUCCACUGCUGUCCCUCUGAACAGGGUCUUUGCUUUUCAAGCAGAGAACAAGUAUUUUACCACGCACACAAGAGGUGCCUUCUUUUGGAAUCUAUCUCCAAAAUGAAGUCCGUUUUUAUCCGAGUUGGCGAACUCUACUUUCUGGUCCUUUGGCUUCAGUCAGUGCCUCGGAUGGAAGGUUGGGUGGAGGGCUGCCCAGCGCCAUGCAUAUGCCACAGUGAGCCGCGGCCCACCUUGGCCUGCCAACAGCAGGGCCUCUACUCCAUCCCCACAAAGAUCCCCAUCCACAGCCAGCGCAUCUUCCUCCAGAACAACAAGCUUACCGUGGUCCGCUCCACCAGCUUCAGCCCCUGCAGAAACCUCACCGUACUCUGGCUCUACUCCAACAACAUCAGCCACAUCGAGGCUGGUGCCUUCUACGGCCUAGAGAGGCUGGAGGAGCUGGACAUAGGGGACAAUGACCUGAGGAUCAUCAGCCCCACUGCCUUCCGAGGCCUGUCUAGACUGCACACCCUGCACCUGCACAGCUGUGGCUUGUCUGUGCUGCCUGUAGGCGUUUUCAGGGGACUAUUUUCCCUGCAGCACCUCUAUCUCCAGGACAACAGCUUACUGACUCUCCAUGACGAUACUUUUCUGGACCUGGCCAACCUGACCUACCUGUUCCUCCACAACAACAAGAUAAAGACUGUGACGGAUCACAUGCUGCGAGGCUUGGUGAGCUUGGACCGCUUGCUGCUGCAUCAGAAUCGAGUGACCUUCGUCCAGCGCAAUUCUUUUCAUGACCUACGCAAGCUGACCACUUUGUUUCUGUUCUUCAAUAAUCUAACAGUGCUGACAGGGGAGACCAUGGACCCCCUGGUGUCCCUCCAGUACCUGCGUCUGAAUGGGAACCAGUGGAUCUGUGACUGCCGGGCCAGGACCCUGUGGGACUGGUUUAAGGGAUUUAAAGGGUCUAGCUCAGAGCUUGAGUGCCAUGUUCCGGCCAGACUGUCCGGAAAAGACCUGAAACAGCUAAAGAUCCCUGACCUGGAAGGUUGCUAUGACAGCUCUGACCAUACUUGGAUUAGCGUGUUCAGUUCCAAGACACGAUCUGGAAAACUCACCACGGAGAGUCCACUUAGGGCUGGUAUUCCCAGGUGCUGCCUCUCAGAUAAAGACAAGUCGUCCAUUAUCUCCAGCAAGGGUCUCCCAGAUCCCUCCUCCUACAACAGCAGACAAAUCACCAACAAUCCUCUGAAGGAGAAAGAGAACAUCUCCAAAACUAAGCUGUUGGAAGCUGACCCCAACAAACCCCAGAACAAACAGAGUUUGAACGAUGGGCCAGUGGAAACAUUAUCUAACAACCUGGACCAGUCCUCAGAGGAUCUAAGCCCCUCCAAUGACCCUGAAAAGAAGAAAAGAUGUGCAAAGGAGAACAUGUCAGACCCUCUGUGUCUCAAGUCCCACGGAUCUACAAUUGGAGCAUGGAGGCUUGUCUUUCUGCCUAUGUUUUGGCUAUCCUUAGACUUCUGUUAGAAGUUACAACAACAGAGGGAUAAUAUGGGCCAGUGUAAGGCCAGUGCAGGAGGCCCUGCUAAGUGCCAAGGGUGGGAAAGGGGAACAGAACUUUCAUUCAAGUAACUUCCAAAAAACUGGAAACACUUGACUAAAUGAGGGAUACAAAGUAUUCUGAAAGCAGGGGCUUUCACACAGGUGUGGUUCCUGAUUUAAUUAGGCACUUAACAUCCCGUCAUGCUCAAAGGCUCUGCAUGAUCAAUCUGCCAUCUUCAGUGGCCGUACAGCAUUUAGUGUGAUAUGGCCUCACCAGAAGUCAGGGCAUUGGGGCGGCAGUGUAGCCUAGUGGUUAGAGCGUUGGACUAGUAACCAAAAGGAUACAAAUUCAAAUCUCCGAGGUGACAAGGUAUAAAUCUGGCGUUCUGCCCCUGAACAGGCAGUUAACCCACUGUUCCUAGGCCGUCAUUGAAAAUAAGAAUUUGUUCUUAACUGACUUGCCUAGUAAAAUUUAUAUUUUUUGCACUUUGCGGUGCAGAGCAGAUCUGUUGUGAAGGAAAUUGUCAAGGAAGUAAGUUUGUGUUUAUAUAGGACCUCUCACCCCAGCUACUGUCAACCAAUCAUGUUAAUGCAGAGCUAUACGGAGAAUUACAGAGCGCACAGCGAUGCUGUACAGAGCUCAAUUUGAUCUCCGCAAGCCUUUCGCAUUUAUGGAGCAAGCAUAAAUUGGCCUUUAGUGUCAUCUUUAAAAUGACUGGGCAGACCUUUAUUUUGGCCAAUAAUUUGGCUACCAUGGCUAUGCCCCCAUAGGAUGGCAAUGCCCCCAUACAUAGGACUUGAGUGGUCACUGAAUGGUUUGUUGAACAUGAAAAUUAUGUAAACCAUAUGCCAUGGCAUUCUCAGUCACCAGAUCUCAACCCAUUUGAACACUUAUGGUAGAUUCAACAUAACACCAAAUUAUGUAAUUUCUCGUGGAAUGGUGUCACUUCCCUCCAAUAGAGCUCCAGACACUAUAAUAUAUUCCAAGGUGCAAUGAAGCUGUUCUGGAUUGUGGUGCCCCAACACCCUAUUAAGACAUGUUAUGUCCGUGUUUCCUUUAUUUUGUCAGUUACAUGUAGAUCUGAUGAUAUGAAUUUGGAAAGAGAAUUGGAAGAGCUAAAAAAAGACAAAUCAACAAAUGGAUGCCUUUCUACAGUAUGUCCAUUCCAAAUGUAUAUAUGUAAUGGAUUUGUUCCCAGGUGAUACUGUAUGUUCUGCCCAGCUAUAAAGCAAUUAUUCUGGGAGGCCCUAUCCUCUCUAGGUUUACUCUGCCAAUGGUGGUGAUUGGUUAUUACAAAGACAUUGAAACAGCACAAGCUGUUUAAAACUAAGAAUGUUUUGAGGUUUCCUUCAUGACAACCCCAAAGAUGUGAUAGAUCGUAUUCCUCCAUUUAUUUUUGUUAAUCUUUUUUUAGAGUGGAACAUUGAUUUAAAUGCUAUUUUUAUGUUUAUAAGUGUAAACGUAAGACAAAUACUUAAUGUUUCUUGUCACGCUGUGGUUAUGGGUAGCAUUCUCAAAAGAGUACUGUCUAUUUGUUCACUGAAGUUGCUGUGUACUAUAGAUAUGCAUUUUAUUUUACUUGUGUAAAAGUAUAAAUAUAUUGCAAAUAAAGUAUUCUUUUUCUUA